AUGGCUUUGCUUGGAGAUCCAACUAUUCAACGUAUUCUGGAUGAAGUUAAUAAAGCUGCUAGUGGAGGCAUAUUAGGUAUUGCUGGUAAUUAUAUAUCUGAACCAUCAGAUGCUAUGACGCAAUUUGAAUCUCAAUUAACAUCAUCAUCGGAAAAUAAUUUUUAUAAUCAAGAUCAAGCACCACUUUUUUAUCCAACACCAGAAAUGUUUAGUAUUGGCGGUCUUACAUCUUUCGAUAAUGCUAAUGAUUUAAAUUCAUUACCAUCUCAUUUACCAAUGUCAAUACCAAGUGAUUUUGAUCUUUAUAGUGCAGGUCUAUAUAAUACAAUGCCACAAAGUUAUUUAGCACCUUAUGAAAAUUAUCAUAGUGUAACAAAAUUAAAUAUAAAACAUCAAAUAAUGGAUAAUAAUUCUUUAUGUAAACCAUCAGGCAUGUCAUCGACAACAAAUGAUUUAAUAUUUGAUUUGAAUCUUCAACAAGAUUAUACAACAAUGCAACCAAAAAAAUCAUCAUCAAAUAAUAAUAUUAAUAUGAAUAUGAAUAAUCAUACAACACCACAAAUGACUUCAAUACCAAUUGAUAUGUCGGAUUCAAAUGAUGCUCAAUUGACUUCAGAACAUAUUGCUGCUGAUACAACAGAUACAGCAUCAUUAACAAUGAAUUUAAGUGCUGAUAAUCCAGAUAUGAAUUCAUUACCAUCAAUGAAUAAUCUUGAUAAUGAACAACAAUAUCCAAGUGCUGCUGGAAAAAUUUUUCAUGAUCCAAAUCCUCAAAUUAUUCAACGUAAAGGUUCUCAUUCAGUAACAUAUAAACAAAAUAUAAUUGUUCGAUUUUUACAACCACCACCUAUUCCUAAUGCUGGUCCACUUAUUAUCAAAGAAGUACAUGCUCCACAACCUUCACCACUUCCACCUCUUGUUAUUAAACAUCCACAAGUAUAUUUAACUCGUUAUGGCUCACAAUUAUAUGAACCAGAUCUUGUCAUACAACAGGCUCGAGCUGUCGGUGUUAUUGAAGAUCUUAAUCCACCACCAUCUUUUGGUUCAGCAAUGACAACUAGUGCUAUUCUAGAUCCAGAUUAUGAAUUACCAACUGCAACAAUAACAGUAGAUGAGGAUCAACGAGAACAAAAUAAGGUUGAGAAUAAUGAUAAAGUUGAUGAAAAUAAUAAUAAUAAACAACAACAUCAACAAAUGGAUGAAGAAAUUAUGCAAUCAGCAUCAGCCAUACCUAUUCAUUUGGAUGAUAAUGUUCAAGAAGAAGAUGUUUCAGUAGAAGAAAAUGUUACACCAUUUUAUAUGAAUUCAGGUGAAAGUCUCCAGCAAACACUUCGUCGUUUAGGAAUUGAAUUACCAGAAAAUUUAAUUAAUGAACAUAAUUUUUGA